AGCAAACGGCCGGCGGCGGGCGCCGCGCGGGGGGCGGGCGGCGCGGAGGAGGCGGCGGUGGCCAUGGCCGAAGCGUCGCCGCAGCCCGGACGGUACUUCUGCCACUGCUGCUCAGUCGAGAUCGUGCCGCGCCUGCCGGAUUACAUCUGCCCAAGAUGCGAGUCCGGGUUUAUUGAGGAGCUUCCGGAAGAGACCAGGAGUGCAGAGAAUGGUUCAGCCCCCUCCACAGCCUCUGCGGACCAGAGCCGGCAGCAACCGUUUGAGAAUGUGGACCAGCCCCUGUUCACGCUGCCGCAGGGCUAUGGGCACUUUGCUUUCGGCAUCUUUGACGACAGCUUCGAGAUCCCCACGUUCCCCCCUGGGGCGCAGGCUGAUGACAGCAGGGACCCCGAGAGCCGGCGGGAGCGAGAGCAGCACUCCCGGCACCGGUACGGCGCCCGGCAGCCCCGCGCCCGCCUCACCGCGCGGCGGGCCACCGGCCGGCAUGAAGGCGUCCCCACGCUGGAAGGGAUCAUCCAGCAGCUGGUCAACGGCAUCAUCACCCCAGCCACCAUCCCCAACCUGGGCCUGGGCCCCUGGGGCGUCCUGCAUUCAAACCCGAUGGACUACGCCUGGGGGGCCAAUGGCCUGGACGCCAUCAUCACGCAGCUCCUCAAUCAGUUUGAAAACACGGGUCCCCCACCCGCAGACAAAGAGAAAAUCCAGGCCCUCCCCACCGUGCCUGUGACUGAGGAGCACGUUGGCUCGGGGCUGGAGUGCCCCGUGUGCAAGGAUGACUAUGGGUUGGGUGAGCAUGUGAGGCAGCUGCCCUGCAACCACCUCUUCCACGACGGCUGCAUCGUGCCCUGGCUGGAGCAGCACGACAGUUGCCCCGUCUGCCGAAAAAGCCUCACAGGACAGAACACAGCCACCGACCCCCCGGGCCUCGCUGGGGUGAGCUUCUCCUCCUCGUCAUCGUCGUCCUCCAGCUCACCUGGCAAUGAGAACCCGGCCAGCAGCUCCUGAGCACACCUGCCGGCCAGCCCCCAGGGCAACAGCAGACAGCCCACGCGCCCACGGACUGCAGCGCCACAGGGCCCGCCGCGGAGGAGGCUCGGAGGACCCACCCUUCCAGGCUGCGGAGGGAGCUCGGCCUCCCCAGGGACAACCCGGCUGGGCCGGGCGCCCGCACACACUGCCCGGGCGUCCCACCUUCCCUCCCCUUUGUCUCUGACCUCACCCUCUACAUGUUCAACGGCGGAAAGGUUUUUAUAAUUUUAAAUUAUUACUGCUUUGAAAUAAAUGGACGUUUGAGCUCACUUGCGGCCCUGCAUGAUCUGUGGAGAGACUGGGUGGAGCCACUCGGCUGGGGUCCUGGCUGCGUGGACAGGCCCUGCUCCCCACCCUGAGCACUGGGGCCUGGGACACCAGGAUAACCAGCGAAACAAGGACAAGACUGCUCUGACAGACGUUUUUUAAAGGAGAAAAUAUGUGUAUCUUGAAAGCUAUUUAAAAAUACACCUACUUAGAAAGAA